AUGGCCGUACCAGCUGCUACGCGGCAGUACCCGAAAAAUGACUCUCUCGCACAGGCAUGGGACUUGCUGAACUGGAGUCUGGAAAUCGCGCAUGGAAACCAAGUUUAUUAUCCAGUGUCGGAUGUCGAAUCUGUUGUAGACUUCCCGACGAAUAGCGCCAUUUGGCAGGCUCGAGCCGCUGAGAUGAGAGGCUUCAACGGACUUGCGAUCGCGCAAUUCGUAGGAUAUAGGGACCCUCAGCUCCAUCCUCGACUCGACUCGCUUAGGGACAACGUCUGCCUCGAAGUCGACCAAAACACGAUAUGGAAUGAGCGAAACUAUGAUCUCAUACAUUCGCGAGUGAUCGGGCACAUCGAGAAAUGGCCAGAAUUUCUCGCCAAUGUGCAGGCUUGUCUCGCAUCCGGCGGAGAGCUGAUUAUCGAAGUUGUCGAAAUAAUUCCUUCCACCGACGAUGAUAGCCUGCCCGAAACAUACCCUCUCCUGAAACUAUCUCGAAUCUUAUACGAACCAUCAGAAACACCAGAAGAACAGCUUGGUCACGUUUUCUCUAAUAUCGGACGUGAUCUUAACAAGAUCGGCAUGCAACCAAAGAUUACACACUACAAGCUCCCCGUCAAACAUCACGGAUGA